CAAUUGUCAUGAAGGAUUCUUCAGGGAGCUAAGGAUGGGUAAUGGAGUUCUGAUCAUUCAACAUCAUACUAACGCAAGGGGUAGAUUUCUGCAACUCUUAGAAUUCCAGAAUGGAAGGAGGAAAGGUUUGUUGGUGAUUCCGGAAGGCGCAAAUGGCAUUGGAUGGAAAGGUUUUCUGCAGUCCAUUCGAAGCGUUACUGGGUCCAAAGCCACUAUUCUGAAGCAUGCAAACAGAGGGAAGUUUGUUGACGGAAAGACAGUGGGAAGGCCUUCCUCGGUCAAAGGUGCCUUGUACACUUCGGUGUUGAGGUCAUUGGAGGGUGGUCUAGCCGAGAAUAGCUCCGCGGCGGAAGGAAAGGGUAAGACACUUGUAAGAGACAAAGGCAAUCAGGUGACAUUGGGAGAAGUGGAGGGGGUCUUAUAGGGUCGUUAGACCCUGGCAUCACUGUUCACGCCGAUGUCAUUCAGGAC